AGUUCGUGGGUAGUGGCUGUUAUGUACGGAAAUACCUAACGAAAAAAAAGGUUAACAAACGAGAGAGGAAUAAUUAGUCGCUGCGCUCGUCCUGAAAAGUCCGCACGGAAAUUGGAAUAUUUAUAAAAUAUAUAGAUAUAUAUGCUCGGAUAAACACUUAUUCCUAACGGGCCAUAGAUGUAGUUUUCGUGUUUGUACGCGUUCGACAGUCGAGUGGUGAAAAAUUCUUUUGAACAGCGCUCUUCUGUGUGAGAAUUUUGUUUUGCUCACUGAGAAAUUCACGGUGAGAGUGAUACGCGUUAAUCCCUACUCCGAGUGGCGUAUGUGACCGCGAGGUGCCUUGAAAUGUCGUCGUGAGCGCGUGGUUAAGAAGAAAGAGAACUCACAAGAGAAACACGAUAAAAAUAAAAAAAAUUCGCAGAGAAGAAAACAUGUCAACACCGAUCGUCAGUCGUUCUCAAGACUCCGAAGAUAGUGCGUCACAGAGUGGGUGCGCUGUUUGCGGUAUUACUAACAAAUUACUCAGGUGUUCGCGAUGCAAAACUGCAAAAUAUUGCACCAAGGAACAUCAAAUUAUCGACUGGAAACAUCACAAAGCAUUUUGCUCAACCAAAGCUAAUGAAAGUGAAACUAACAUUGCUAGAUUAAAUAUCAACACCGCAAAUAAAUCCAAUAAUACCAAAAAUAAAGACGACAAAAAAAAUUGUUCAACCCCGGUGGAAAAUAGGACAGUUUCUUCUACUCUCAACAUCGAUUGUGCUAAUGAAGUUACAAAGAUAGAACCUGGUGAUCGUCAGGUUCAAGGGAAAAACGAAAAACGUCGUGAUUCUGGAAGCCGUGACCUGAGGACAGAUGGAAAUGCAGACAAUACUUUAGUAUACACGAAAAGGAACAGUGAAAAAACAAAAAGUGCGACAGAGGGGUGUCCAAAAGGUUGGAUCAUGCCAAUAGUACACGAAGGAAGCUCAGAGGAUACUAUACUCGGAGCACGGGGGCAAUCGCUCAAUCCAUCAGUCGACAGUUCAACAAUAAUUGGGAACAGAGACAUAGAAACAUCAAAUGUUCCUAGGGUUGAAAAUAAACAUAACGAUACUAGAAAGAACGGCAUGAGCUAUCCGGAAGAAGCGCUCGGUGCCGAAGAAGAUUAUUUGCCACCGUUCCUCCACAGAAAUCGCGAUAAUCAUGAGGAUUUUAUCAUCGAUGAUAUAUGUAGAAAUGUUAUCAGAGACAUGAACAAAUUUGGUGUGUGUGUCGUGGACAGUUUUCUUGGACAUGACAAAGGUAUUUCUGUGCUUAACGAGGUUUUGAACAUGUACAGUGCGGGUAUGUUCGAAGAUGGACAAUUGGUUUCUAACCGAUCAGGCAGUAAAGACUUGAAAACAAUAAGAGGUGAUCAAAUAACGUGGCUCGAUGGCAAAGAAAAACAUUGUGAAAAUAUCGGUAUGCUGAUCUCCAAAGUCGAUUCGAUUAUCAUUAGAGCUAACAGAAUGCCCAACAAUGGCAAGUUGGCUAAUUAUACGAUCAACGAAAGAACAAAGGCUAUGGUCGCUUGUUAUCCAGGCCGCGGUUCACAUUACGUCAAACACGUGGACAAUCCAAAUCGAGAUGGUCGAUGUAUCACGGCCAUUUAUUACCUCAAUAAAGAUUGGGAUAUUAAGAAAAACGGAGGAUUGCUGAGGAUAUUUCCAGAGGGAGGACGAGACCAAGUAGCCGAUAUUGAGCCCCUGUUCGAUCGAAUAUUAUUCUUCUGGUCGGAUCGACGUAAUCCUCACGAAGUACAGCCAGCCUACGAGACGAGAUACGCCAUAACAUUGUGGUACUUUGACGCGGAAGAGAGAAGCGAAGCCUGUAGAAGAUAUCAGAUGGAAAGAGAGGUUCAUCCCGGUUCACGCGGUUCGCGCACGGUCGUAGAUGCGCCAUCGUAAAUCUUAGCUCUGAAUCGUAACUCUCGUUAUCGGGCUUAUGGCGAUCCUGAUUACCUUACCUCACACAGAAUAAUGAAAAAACAACAAAACGAAACAAAACUGUAAAUAUUUUAAUUAUAUUAUUAAGUGACGAGCAGUGGUACAUAAUUAAGCAAAAAAAGAGUGAAGCGAGAAAAUAUGGAAGAAAAUUUAACGUGUAUUAUUAUCUAUUAAGAAUGAAUGAGUUACGAGGAUUUAACGGAGACGCCGCUUUUCUCGAAUUUCUCGAAUAUUGUUAACGGUUUAUAGGAGUGAGAGACGUUUCUUUGUUUGUGAAAAUAUUCAAAUUCUUAGCCCUUCCAAUAUUUUUCAAUCUACAACGUGUGUUGGGUGAAAUAUUUUUGUAAUAGUGUUGCGUUGUUUGGGAGAAAAAAACAUAGCACGAUGGCAAUUACGUGCUGUCGAAAUGCAGCCCCUUCCCAGAUUUUGAGCUUAUCACGAAUUUUUAUUGACGCGAGGGGUAUUUUUCAAUGUUUCCAAAUAAAAGAUCCAAAUAAGGUUAGAAUUUUCAAUUACCAAAUUAUCGGUCCAAUUCGGGGUUUGUAAUGAGAAUGAAAAAUCGAGUCUUACAUUAGAGCUUUAUGGGGCGCUUGAAAAAGGAUUUUGAAAGAUGUUCGCUUUAAAGUUAACCAAUUUUUAAUACGAAUACAUACGAAUAACUUCUUCAUCGAGUUAUUUAAAGAAUUUGAAAAAACCAAGAUUGUUUCAUUUGGGAAGUGUUCUCUAAGGCUUCCCUAUUUAAGAUAAUCAGCGUGCUAAGAAUGAUCGUCUCACCCUGUAAAUUACUGAUAAAUGGAAGCUGUGACAAGAAUAGAGAAUAUUUAAACGCCUGUGCACUGAGGGCUUUGUUUGAAAAAGUAUUGAUUUUCACUGCAUGCUUUAUUUCGAUAGCUUUGAAAAUCUACAUCCUCGGCUCUUCGUUCAAUCGUUAAAGAAAGAAGAAUGAACGUUCAUCAGGAUUUCCUAUGACGGCAUAAGGGCAAUUUUUCAUUAGGCCGACACUGUAAUAACCCCUGAAAUAAUGCAGCAAUCGACAGAAGUUUAUCAGUUUUUCAGAAGCUUCGUAUGAUGAGUUGGCUCAACGAAAUAAGUGUGAUCGCAGCUACCAAUGUAUGAAGAAAUUAAUAUGCGAACGAUCGUCCGGAAAGUAAUUGCCAGAUGGUUUUCUUUUUAUAUAAUGUCGUCGAUUACCAGACUCAACGAAACUGUUUUCAUUAAACACGCCACCAUAGUCGAAAAAUUAAAAAAAAACAAUUGCAGAGGAAAUUGUUUGCGACCCCUUGGCAGUGGCCAGUAGAUGAGAGACAAUGAAUGAAACUAAUUUAUGCUUCCAUUGCGGUUGAUUGAGUUUCUUCUUAACGCGAUCACACCUCUCUCCGUAACAACGUUACUUUUUGUAUGAUGCGAGCGAAGGAUGGAGCGCAGUUGAAUGCGUGUGUGUGUCUUUCUUUCUGAUAAACAUCUGUAUCUAUUUAUAUUUAAUUUGUAGGUAGUAGCAUGCAGUGCCUGUCUCAUGCCUGAAAAUUUUCAUCGAUCCUCAAACAGUCAACAGUAUGGAGGCUGCAGAAACUGAACAAUAGUGUUGGCUAUAUAUUUAUAUAUAUAUAAAUAUAUAUGUAGAAUAUAUGUAGUUAUAUUCAGGAUUUUACGGAUUUUUUGAUGUAUCGUGGAAUCUUGAGUGAAAGAUUUCGUUUCGUGCAUCAAACAGAUUGAAAAUUGACCCUUAAUAAGUCAUCGUCGACAAAAGUUCAUGCAUGUGCGUUCUUUCAAAGCGAUUGCUCUGGAAGUGAUUAGGGAUAGGUCAAGAUUCAUAGAGCCGAUUUUGCAGAAAAUGUAAUUCUCUGCUAGAACUGAACGAAUCCCCGAUUCGCAACAAUUACCAUUGUAUGAAUUCAUGAUCUAUCUCUUGUAUUUUUCAAAAUACGAGCUGCAUGACGAACGUAAUAAUACUAAUUAUUACAAAUAACUCAUUAGAAAAAUAACGAUUUUAAAAGGAUGUGAAACUACUUUGAACUUGUUAUUUAUCCUUGAUAUUGAGUUUACAUAAAUGAUUAUGAAAGUCUGAGACAACCUGUAUAUAUUAUUACAUAUUGUAUAUAAGUUGGGAUUGUCGAUAACGAAAAAAAUAAGCAUCACUUAUAGCGUGAGCAAAAUAGCACUGGAGAUUUAUUAAGUUUCGAAUACUCCGUUCAUGAAAUGUUUUGAUCGUUAUUUUGCAAAACAACUCUUCGAACACGCUUAUUACCAAUUCAUUGUAUCUUUGAAGAGUUAUUGAAAUUUAACUAAUUCCCCACAACUCGGCGACUCUUACAAGAACGAAGAAAAAAUUAUCGUCAAUUCGGUUUGGAGAGUUGUUACUUUCUAAGUUGUAUAAAGGGAGUGUGUCAAGCCUCCCGAAAGUAUUGUAAAAGUAAAAAACGAAGAUUUUAUUACAUUCGGAAAAAUAAAUAUUGUACAAAGUCUGUAAA